AUGGAGACAGCUGGAAGUGCUGAGCAGACGCAGGAUUUUGGAGCCAAGGACACCACUGAAAGGCCAAAAUGGGACAACAAAGUUCAAUACUUGCUUACCUGCAUAGGUUUUGCUGUGGGACUUGGUAAUGUGUGGAGAUUUCCAUAUUUGUGUCAAAUCUAUGGUGGAGGGGCGUUUCUGAUUCCUUAUGUUAUUGCCCUGGUGUUUGAGGGACUUCCUCUGCUGCACAUGGAACUGGCCAUCGGACAGCGGCUCAGAAUGGGGAGUGUCGGAGUAUGGAACUCAAUCUCCCCUUACCUGGGAGGUUUAGGUGUGGCUUCCUUGGUAGUAUCCUUCCUAGUUGGUCUGUUCUACAACAUGAUUUUGGCCUGGAUCCUCUGGUACUUCUUCCACUCCUUUCAAAGUCCACUUCCCUGGAGGGACUGCCCAUUAAACUUGAAUCAUACUGGCUAUAUAACUGAAUGUGACAAGAGCUCGCCAGUGAACUAUUUUUGGUAUCGUCAAACACUUAACAUCACACCCAACAUUGAGACCAGUGGGUCCCUGCAGUGGUGGCUUGUGCUGUGUCUCGCAUCUGCUUGGUGCCUCGUGUAUAUCUGCUUCAUACGUGGAAUUGAGACAAUUGGAAAGGCUAUUUACAUCACAGCCACCUUUCCAUAUCUUGUUUUGACCAUUUUCUUGGUCAGAUCCUUGACUCUGUCCGGAGCCACAGAUGGCCUAGUUUACCUCUUUACUCCAAAUUGGGAAACCCUGAAAAAUCCAAAGGUCUGGUUGGAUGCUGCUACUCAAAUCUUUUUCUCUCUGUCUUUGGCCUUUGGGGGACUUAUUGCUUUUUCCAGUUAUAAUGCUCAGAAGAAUAAUUGUGAGAGAGACGCCCUAAUUGUUGGAUGUGUGAACAGUUUUACAUCAUUAUAUGCAUCAAUUCCUAUUUUUGCCAUUCUUGGAUUUAAAGCGAAUGAAAACUACAAUGACUGCCAAAAUUGGAAUAUACUUACGUUGACAAAUUCAUUCAACAUUGGGGAUGAAAACAUAACCCUUGAAAACUAUGACGACUGGUUAAACUAUCUCAACACAACCAAUCCCAGCGAGGUUGAAAGCCUCGAUCUAAAGACCUGCAACUUACAGACUUUCCUGGACCAGAGCGCCUCUGGAACCGGACUAGCCUUCAUUGUGUUCACUGAGGUGGUGAUAAAAAUGCCAGGCUCUCAGGUGUGGGCGGUGCUCUUCUUUGUCAUGCUCUUCAGCCUGGGCCUGUCCUCCAUGUUUGGAAAUCUAGAAGGAGUCCUUACUCCUAUGCUGGACCUGCACAUGAUUCCACCCUGGAUUCCUAAGGAAAUUUUCACAGGUUUAAUAUGUCUCACCUCCUUCACUGCGGCCCUCAUCUUUACUUUGGGCUCUGGAAACUACUGGCUGGGAAUUUUCAACAGCUUCGUAGGCUCCAUGCCUCUGCUCAUCAUUGCCUUCUUUGAGAUCAUCAGUGUGGUAUAUAUCUAUGGAAUAAACAGGUUUAAUGACGACAUUGAAUGGAUGACGGGUCGCAGACCAAACAUCUACUGGCAGGCCACUUGGCGCUUUAUCAGUCCUUUCAUGCUUCUGGUUGUUUUUGUGGCAUAUGUUGUAGUCGAGGCUGAAAAACGACCAACAUACAACGCCUGGAACCCAGAUUAUGUGCACUUCCCCCUCGCUGAUGUUCAACACUAUCCUGAAUGGGUUUAUGUUAUCUGUGUGCUCUUAUCUGUCCUUCCUGUUGUAUCCAUUCCUCUUGUAGCUCUCUACAAAUUUGUUGGCUUCCUGAAGAAGUACAUCAUGAGCAGACACAAUCAAAAUCCAUAUGCAAAUGAAUUCUGUAAUGGAGAACUGUAA